UCGAACGCCAGAUAGUCGUUAGACGUGGUUGAAUGAAAUUCUCGUGCAAACCGAAAACUUGAUUGAUAGUAAAGUUGUGAUUAUUGAUUAGUUCUUCGCCGACUGAUUCAAACAAGCGAAAGCAAUGGCCCAUCAUUGCGACCAUCAUCAUCAUUAUCGCCAACAACAACACAUCAACAUUUGCAUUGAUCAUCAAUGGCAAUCAGCCAGUAUAGCAUCGCACCGAGCAUUGAAAAAGCAAUAUCAAAAUCGUUUGGUUAGAGCAAGUAAGAAUCCAUCUAAUAACAGCAUAAUGAAUAAUCGAUCGGCAACAUGGUUACAAUAUUCAUCAUUAUGGCCAACCAUCAGACACUAUCCUCAUCACUAUCAUCAGCAUGGUCAUCAAUAUUGUUUUUGGUUCGGUUUGAUGAUGAUAUUGUUGGUGGUAUUGAUGGCCGAUUCGGGUUCCAGUUCAGUAUGGGAGCAAAAAGGUUGUCAUAUUGUUGGUCAUACUCAACGCAUUGAUAUUCCUGGUUGUAUUAAUUUCGAACUAACAUCAAAUGCUUGUCGCGGUUAUUGCCUAUCAUAUGCAAUACCUUCCAAUCAAGAAACGUUAUUGGUAAAUGAUCAGCAAAUGAUUACUUCGGUUGGUAAUUGCUGUGCAAUGACUGAAACGGAAGUGAUGAGCGUUAGAGUCAUGUGUCGUAAUGGGCCAAAAGAUAUUAAAUUUAAAUCAGCAUCUAAAUGUGGAUGUUUUCAUUGUAAAAAGUAUUAAACUUUUGUUUGUUUGGCUGCUGCUGAUCAACAAUUCAAUUAAAACUAAACUAAACUAAACUGAAUG